CCAGCUCUUCGGCUCUUCAUGACGACAGAGCCAUCAAGGAGUUGGCAAGACCGCUAGGAGUAAACGGGCUGUGAACCCGAGCUACAAGUCUGCCAAAAGACCGAGAACAGACCAACGGGUCUCUUCCUCGACGUCCUCCUUCCCCAAUACAACAAACCUGGCCGACCGGCAACUUUUGGCUUCGUUGUUGAUGUCGGACAAGAAUUGAAGUCAUUCUUGCUGGAGGAUACGCUCAGCGAAGGACAUGUGGGCUGCCCAAGAACGCCUUGAGGAACGAAGGUAGCAUCAACUAUCUCUUCAAAGGUCGCCAUGGAUCGAUACACACACAACCCUCUCUCUACCGAUGAUAGCAUCCGAGUGCUUGAGCUUCUACCUGGGCUAUCAGGAGAUACACUUGAAGCACGACUGCUGGAGGUUCGACUGUCGGAUGAACCAAUCUUCUCUGCGCUAUCAUACUGCUGGGGAGCUCCGAUAUUCGAUGCUCUUUUGGUAUGUAACGCCCAUGCCUUACAUAUCACCAAGAGCCUUGCUACCGCCCUCAAUUGUCUUCGAAACGCCACACAACCGCUUGUCAUCUGGAUCGACCAGGUGUGCAUUAACCAAGGUGAUCUCGCGGAAAGAAACCGUCAAGUACAGCUCAUGAGUCGAAUCUAUGCCAGCGCAUAUGAGGUUCUCGUUUGGUUGGGCCUUCCGACAGAUAGCAGCAAUUUCAUGUUUCACUGCAUGAGCAGAGGCAUGGUCAUGCAUGCUGAUAUACCACGAUUGCUAUGCUCAAUUGCCGAAUUCUGCCAUCGACAUUGGUUUGAGCGAACCUGGACCGUGCAAGAAGUCGUUCUUUCGAGAUAUGAGCCGCGGCUUUUUUGCGGGCGAAGAAGUGUUUCUUGGUCGCAGUUCGGUCAGCAUUUGGAUACGCUGUAUCAGCGUUUCAGUCAAAGAGUUCCAGUGUCUGAAGAUGGCUUGUUUCCAAGCGUAUAUGCGAAAAGCAUCGACGAUUUGGAUACAUGGAAACUAUUUCUAGGGGACACGAACUCUCGCAGCACCGAUCAAAGAAUGAGAGAAGCCUUGAAGUUUUUCCUUGAUGGAACGAUGGGAUUUUCCAAGAUACGAGCCAUGCGUGCGGAGGGUCCUUCAGCAUCCUUCCCAACCCAAUUACUCCGGACAUUACACCUCCAGGUGACGGAUCAGCGUGACAAGGUAUUCGGCUUACUAGGCAUGUGUGUGUUUGAAUCCGACUCCAUCACGCCUGACUACUCAAAGUCAGUAACGAGAGUGUACUCAGAGGCAAUGGCCCACAUUAUCUUAAACGACUUUGGGUCGGGAUAUCCCUCCUUAAGCUUCGACACUAUUGAACCCGUGGAAACACAAAAUUUACCAACUUGGGUGGCGAAUUUCGCGGCACAGUCAAAUCAUCUGGAGACCUGGGUUCGUCCCAAUGACCUUGUCCCGAAGAGAUCUGAGAUCGUUAAUGCUGCAAUCGCGCGAGCUUCACACGCGACUCCUAUUGUUAGAUUCUCUGAUGAUUUCCAGAUUCUCUAUACCUACGGAGUUGAGUUUAGUUCUGUUAAGGCUUCGUUCUCUCUGCCACAAAGCUUAGACUCCGUCAUGGGGCUCGAGAGGUGGGAACGCUGGUUCUCUCAAAUCGUAUGGAUGGUUCGUGGGCGACGCAUUCCGCUUGAAAGCAUUCUGGAGUCCUUACAUCGGCCUCACUCUGGCCGCUAUGAUCAUUGGGAUACGGCCCUCUCUGCCUUCAAGCGAUUGUUCAAUUUCGCUAGGAAAGGGAAAAUGUUUACUAAUACUGCAGAUGUACAUAUGAAGUCUCUGCUCAAAGAUUUAGGAGAGGUUGAGGGGAUAGCGUUACCGUUUUGCCUCGAUAACACCUUCUUCAUUACUGGAACUCGGCGAAUCGGGCGAUGUAUUGGGGCCGUCGCUCAAGGAGGCCUCUUUGGGAUUAAUAUCCCGUUCAUACUUCGAAAGAAAGACGACGCAUUUUCUAUGGUCAGCAUCGCACAUGUUGCAGGUCACCAUUAUAAUCACAUAUCUAUUGAGAAUGCAAACGGGAAGAGUAGUUUGGGAAACCCCAGGACAUAUAGCCCUAAAACAUUUACUAUUGUAUAG